AUGAAGAAGAAACAAGGUCUUUCAAGACAAUAUGACUCGAUAAUACAAGAUCAACUGUCGACAGAAAUAAUCGAGAAAGUAGAUAUUCACUACACUGAGGGAUUAGUGCAUUAUAUUCCUCACCACGCAGUUAUAUCACCCCUCAAGAUAACAACUAAAGUGAGAAUCGUGUAUAAUGCUUCCGCAAAGACGAAAAGGGAAGUGAAGAGUCUAAAUGAGUGCUUAUAUAGAGGCCCAGUUCUUCUACAAAACUUGUGCGGGAUGUUGAUAAGAUUUAGAAUAUAUAGAAUAGAUAUUGAAAAGGCAUUUUUGGAAGUUGGACUUCAGCCAAGGGAACGGAAUGUAACAAGAUUCUUAUGGUUAAAGGAUUGA